AUGCGCUCUGCCUCUUUCUCUUCUGCUGUCACAGCUGUGGCUGAUGAUGAUUGGCGAGUGGACGAAGAAAUCGACUUUAAACUACAUUUCAAGAUUGAAGAACUUGAUGGCAUAGAGAAACUUUCACGUCAUGCAUUGGACUCGUAUCCGGAUGGCGGGCUGGAGGCCUGGCUGGUUGUGCUUGGUGGAUGGUGUGCCCUGGUGUGCACUUUUGGACUCAUCAACUCGGUUGGGGUGUUUGAGCAGUAUUACGUAUCCGGGCCUCUGAAGGAGUAUAAUCAGUCGACUGUGAGUUGGAUUCUAUCGGCGCUGGUGUUUUUGCAAAUCUUUUGCGGAUCAAUAUUUGGUCUCAUGUUCGACAACUACGGGCCGCGAUGGCUCUUGUGGGGAGGCUCCGUCACCUUCAUCUUCGGCCUCAUGAUGCUCUCCUUCUCCACAGAGUACUACCAGAUAUUUCUCUCGCAGGGCAUCGUUUCCGCCAUCGGAUCCGCCGCCGUAUUCCACGCGGCCAUGUCCUCCAUUGCCAGCUGGUUCCAGAAAAACCGCGCCGCUGCUUAUGGCGUCCUGGUCACGGGUUCAUCUUUCGGCGGGCUGUUCUGGCCCCUUAUGAUGGACAAGCUGAUUGCAAAGAUUGGCUUCCCCUGGAUGAUGCGAGUAAUGUCACUCAUAUUCAUGUUUCUGCUUGCCUUUGCGUGCUUGACGAUCAAGACGAGGUUGCCACCGAAGCCGCGCCGAUUUGUCGUCAAGGAGUAUUUGGACAACCUCAAGGAUAUCCGGUUGGCAGUUACUUCCGUGGCUGCGUUUUUCUUCAUGCUGGGCAUGUUUUUACCGUUCAACUACGUCCUCCUUCAGGCUGAGAAGGCUGGCUUCUCGCCGACUUUGAUUCCGUAUCUACUGCCCAUACUCAACGCCGUGAGCAUCUUUGGGCGACUUCUUUCUGGCGUUGCUGCCGACAAGGUUGGUAGAUUCAACAUGAUGGUAUCACUCACGUUUUUUUCCGCCCUCGUCUGCCUUGUGGUCUGGAUACCCAUCAAAAGCGUCGCCGGCAUUAUCUUCUUCGUUUCUAUAUUCGGCUUUGCUUCAGGGGGGUUCAUCGGCAUUUGCACAGCCCUAGUCGCGCAGAUAUCCGACAUUAGCCAGAUAGGCACUCGAGUCGGCACACUUUUUGCAAUAGAGUCUGUCGGAGCACUGAUAGGGAGCCCUAUCGGCGGUGCGAUAGUGGCGGCCCAGCAUGGCGACUAUUUGGGUUUGCAGCUUUUUUGUGGCUGCUCUAUGAUGAUGGGGAGUAUAUUGUUUGUCUGGGCCAGGUAUAUACAAGUUGGGUUCAUGUUUACGAAGGUGUAA